AUGGAGCCGAUGUGGAACUCCUCGCGCCCACCUCCACAGCUCACCUCCAACAUGUCUGCCUCCUUUCUGCCUGAGGGCUGGGCUCUGUCCCAGUCGCUAGCCCUGCUGGCCAUGCUGCUCAUGGAUCUGAUGGCUGUGGUGGGUAACGUGGCUGUCAUGGCGGUCAUUGCCAAGGCCCCACAGCUCCACAAGUUUGCCUUCGUGUUCCACCUGUGCGUGGUGGACCUGCUGGCGGCCCUGGUGCUGAUGCCACUCGGCAUGCUCUCAAGCCGAGCCUUCUUCGGGGAGGCCCUGUGCCGGAGCUACCUCUUUCUCAGUGUGUGCCUGGUUAGCGCUGCCAUCCUCUCUAUCUCCGUCAUCAAUGUUGAGCGUUAUUACUACAUCAUACACCCGAUGCGCUAUGAAGUGAAAAUGACUGUUGGGCUGGUAGCGUCGGUGCUGGUGGGGAUAUGGGUCAAUGCCCUGGCCAUGUCUGCUCUGCCGCUGCUCGCUUGGUUCCUGCAAGGUGGAAGAACUCCUCUUCUGGAGAGUAGUGGGGUCGGGGGAGGAGGAGGUGGGACAGUCCCAUCUCCACCUGCUCAGGGUCACAGGCGCUGCUCACUACAUUGGACAGGGGGAGGCUCAAACCGCAUGGCCUUCAUGGCCCUGUUUACUUUAGUGUAUUUCCUGUGUCCACUACUGGUCAUUCUUGUUGUGUACUGCAAUAUGUUCAAAGUGGCUCGGGUGGCAGCCAUGCACCAUGGGCCUCUGCCUACCUGGAUGGACACGCCUCGACGCCAGCGGUCAGAAUCACUCAGCAGCCGUUCCACGAUGGUUACCAGCUCUGGGACAGGCACUCGGACGGGCAGAGACACUCCGCAGCGUCCCUUUGGGGGAGGGAAGGCUGCAGCAGUGUUGGCAGCAGUAGGUGGGCAAUUCCUCUGUUGUUGGCUGCCCUACUUUACUUUCCACCUGUAUUCUGCACUGUCUGCCAGCCCUCCCGCCGCACUAGCCUCUCUGGAGGAGGUGGUCACCUGGAUCGGCUACUUCUGCUUCACCUCCAACCCCUUCUUCUAUGGCUGUCUCAACAGACAGAUCCGGGAGGAGCUGGGCAAGCAUCUGCCUUGUCUGUUUCGUCGAGCAGGAGCUGAGAUGGAGGAAAGACUGCCCAGCCGUGAAGGAUCCAUAGAGGAGAAUUUCCUCCAGUUUCUUCAGGGCACCGGCUGCAACAUGGAUCCUCAAAACUCUCACAGCACCUCCAGCCCUAAAGGGGAGGCCUGCUGCCCCGUGGCUCAGUCACAACCACCGGAGCUGGCACAGUCCAUACCGAUAGAUUUUCGUAUCCCUGGACAAAUUGCGGAGGAGACUUCAGAGUUUAUUGAGUCUGAGCAGGCAAAGAACAACCACAUAUAUAAAGACAAUUAAGUUUUAAAUGUCUGAAAAAAAGACAGAUUUUGAUCAUUCAGAUAUAAACUGUUUCAUUGGUUAUUUCUGUGAAAACAUGUUUCUCUAUUUCUAUACUGAAAGCUGUCCGACAGGUAGCUCAGUUAAUUGAAACAACUUUAAAUUGUAUUUUGAAUCAUUGCACUUUGCCUCAUCAGUUUCAUUCUUCAACAGUCACAAUUAUACAAUUAAACGCAGUUGUUUGAGAUGUAUUUCAAACUAUUGUUUGUGAACAGGGAAUUUACUGUUAGAAUAAAAAAAUGGCAAAUAUGGCCUUCCACACAACCACUCAGCUCUGUACAGUAAACAACUUUUAUGACUACUUUUGGUGUAACUAGUUAAAGCCUUUUUUAAAGAUAAAAAUAACAUUAAUUGUAUGUUAGUUUUCAGAAAAUUCCUUUUUAUUUGAAAAUUAGGAAACGAUGGAUGAAAUUAAUAAGAGUAUUGUGCGGUGAAGCUCUGCAAUUGAACGGAUUGCCUUUGGUAUUCAGGGAUGAAGAUGAAACGGUUCCACAAACCAACUGAUACUGUAUUUGUAACUGCCAAAUCAAUCAUUUUUGAGACUCCGGUUAGUUGAUUAUUUUUUGAAUAAAUUAUAUUUAAGAAGACAGCAAUAAAAUACACAAAAUUAUGAGUAUUUAGGGGAUCCAUUGAGGGAAAAGCACUACUGUCACUUUUGAUUGGUAGCUGUGCUUUCAUCAGUGAUAAUGCCACUCUUAACCCUUAUGCCAAUCUGAUUAUAAUCGAUUUGCAGACGUACAUUUUGUGGCCUAACGCUCAUGGAAUUGCUACCAGUUGUUUACAGAUUUUUUGUUCUCCUUUCUUUGGUGCUUGUCCAAACACAUCUUUUUUCUUUGAUUUCCUAAAAAGUAGAUCCCGACCCAGUUUAGGAUGCAGGUUGACUUGACCCAUCUUAAGGGUCACCUAGCUUUCUGCCAUUUGAAGUAUUUAUCAAUGUUUUUGGAUAUAGAUCUUAAAAAUCUGUAUUCACUUGAUGCACUGCAUUAAGAUCAACUAUUAUUCUAUUUCUUACAUUUGUUAAAUGUACUAAAUUGUAUAUUAUGUUUAGUAAAACUGUAUAAGUUUGGGUUGUGUGUAUCACUCAGCAUGCCCAUUUUUCUUUUUUUAUUAGUGAGUGUAAGUAUUUGUUAUGCAUUUCAUUACAAUGAGGCUGAUGUGUUUUGAUAGGUAUGGAGCCUUUUUUUGUUUUUUAGUUGUUUGAUUUUUUAUCCCGGAAGGAGAAUACAUUUAGAUUUAGUUUGACUACCCUGCUCAUCAGGGUUUUUAAAGUACCUCACAUGCAGGAAAAAUAAACAAUAUUUUACAGUCCUGCACAGUUCCAUGUGAAGUUUUUGAUGAAGAGAUGAAGUUGUAUUUUAUAGCAAACUGUUAGGGAUGAAUACGAUAAACUAUAUGUGGAAAUGUUUGAAUGAAACGACUUUCUUAUGUAACGUGGAUACAGGGUUUUUAAGAUAUUUUUUGAGUGACAAUGCCAAUCCAAAAUCAAAAGCUUGUCAAGCUUGAUAUCCUCUUUUCAUCAUGACUUCAUGUCUAAAUAUCCCAAACUGUGAAUGAAGUUGAACGUUUGUGUUAGGAUUUUCACUUGUUCAGAGAUUGUUUUUUUAUGCUGUGAUAAAAAAUAAAAGAAUGACUUCCACUGUACUUCAAUGAUAUGAAUGUGUUUUAGAAAAGUACACGGCUAAAACAUGAGUGAGAGAUACUGUUGUAAUAAAGAGUUUCUAUGUUUGUAAAACAUUUUGGAUGCAUUCUCCUAAUUUGACCAACAUUAUGGUGCUGCUGCAGUCACAAAUACAUUGAACUGAUGCCAUAUACACAUGUCAUAUUUUACUCAGCAUCUCAGUGUGUGUGGCUUAAUCUCUCUGCUCUGCUUUGAUAUUCAAUUGCAAAGAGAGGGGUGGGAGGAUACACUUCAAACACUUUGACCUUAAGGUAACAUUUAGCUUCAAAAGGCCGAAGCCAGUGAUGUGACCUUCAUCAGAAAGUAAAGAUAAAACUGUCAAAACACAGAUAGAUAGAUAGAUAGAUAGAUAGAUAGAUAGAUAGAUAGAUAGAUAGAUAGAUAGAUAGAUAGAUAGAUAGAUAGAUAGAUAGAUAGAUAGAUAGAUAGAUAGAUGAUUGAUUGAUUUCUGUUGCAUGAUACUGGUGCGUGACAGGCCUCACACCUCAGCGAUGGACCUCAGUCAAACCGCCCCCAGCUUCGCCAGGCUCUGCCAUCCCCAUGGCAAUUAUUACCUAGUGACAUUUCUCAGGAAUGUAGUGGGCGAGGGGAGGAGCGUGCUCAAAUGGGAAUCCAACAAGACACCCAUAUCUUCUUAAAAUACAUUAUGUAGACUAAACCAAAGCUGAACCUUUUUGUUGUUGAUAUUUGUUUCACAACCUCUGACUUGCUUGAGUUAGUAUCUCAAACUGUAAACUGAAAUAACUUUUUACUCUCCAUUCCGCUGUUUAGAAUAACCUUUGAUUAUUUAUUUCUAAUCUUUGACUGCUUUAACUUAAUAUCUAUAUUUUUUGGAUUUAUACUUUAAGAAUUUUAUCCUUGUAUUUACAUUACCUUCAUUGUUUUGGCAAAAGUAACAGCAAAUCGAUUCCUGUGCUUUAGAAUACAUGUAAAAUGGUACUGAUAUGAUGAAGUAUUGUCACUGAUAGCAGCAGUUGUUUACAAUAAAAUCAAUCUAAAUGCAAAGCAAAACUAAAAUAUUGGUGAAAAUUCACUACUCUUGUGUAUGUCAAGAUUACAGCUGACUGCAAACAGAGGAAAACCCCAAAUACAAGAACAAUACAAGUUACAAAGAAAAGAUAGAAUAAUUUCAGUUGAGAUUAGAAGGUGGAGAAUAGGUAUAACUGUAUGUGGUGGCUGGAUCCGCCAAAGGAAAGAUGUAAUCUUCUGCCACUGUAAAGUUGUGCUCUCAAAAUCGUAUAUGAGUUGUGAUUGUUAUUGGCCUUGUCCUGUAAGGGCAAAGCUGUCACUGAACAAACCCAAAUCGUUGACCCAAGAUGUUUCCGGCCGUUGGUUAUCACAAAGAAGUGAAAGCAGAUGGACGAGAGGGUCGCAGACAGAUUUUGUUGCGGCAACAAACUUGGAUGAGGACCUAGAACAUGGGGUGCUAGAAAACAACAAUAUCAUUUCUUUUUUUCCACAUAAUUCCCAGGGACAUUGUCAGCAGCAAUCCAACGUUGGUGAGCAAAAGAAGUGGAUACUU